AUGGGUGGCAAGAAGAAGGUACUUCGCGAGAUUUACCGCAAGCUCAUCGAGGCCGUCUACGCCAAGUGGAAUGCUGAGAAGAUCAGCGAUGUGCCAAGGCUCAUGGACAAGUACAAAGAGCAGGAGGACGAGAUUUAUGACCGGAUAGUGCGGAAAUACGUGUUUUCCCGGUCACAGAGCGACUGGCAGCCGUUGAUAGAAGCCAUGUACAGGCGCUUCAAUCCCAGCAAGCUCAAAGAGCUUGAUAGCAUUUUCGUCAAGUACAAGGAUAGCGAGGCAGCAUUAUACCGAGCGCUUUGCGACAAGUACUUGCAAACUCUGUCCUCAGAUGGUGAGCCCUUGACGUUCAACGUCUGGGAGUUGGGCACGGAGCCAGUGGAGGUGGGUGAGGCCUCGGAGCUCGAGGUGCUGGAAUCCCCUCAGGAUGAGGCUCCACCUGUUCGCCUGGUUUCACCGAGCCCUUUGCGGUCACAGGACCCCCUGCGGCCCGACAAUGGGGAGGACUCAGAGAAGGAUCGAGCCAUGCCAGAGGGGCGGACAUCGCCGAAUCGUGAUAACCUGGAUUUAAGGGCCACUCAGCCCGGCGCCGCUGAGGAGCUGGCAGCUCCUGCAGGUCCUGCGCCAUCAACCGAAGGGCAGGAAGGGAAGGAAGAGAAGAAGAAGAAAAAGAAGCGGCGGGAUGGUGAAGCUGUCUUCCCACCGCCGCUGCCCCGACCACCCAGGGAAGACAUGGCAGGUGUCAGUGACUUUCCCGACGUGCUUCUCAACCUGGCCCAAGCGUCAGCUGAGAAGCUGCCAGACAAGGCGUCAAGGCGAGCAGGCAACUCCCUUCGGCCAAAGGCUGCCCCUCGCCCGCCCGUGACCCAGGAAGAGGCAGGCUCUGAGCAGCAAGCGCCACCGCCCAGGUUGGAGCCAGGGACAACGCGAAAGGUCAGGCGCAAGAGGGCUGAGAAUGGUGAGAAUACCGAGGGCCGGAAGAAACGACGGAAGGUUCUCUUGGGCCCAGAAAGCAACGGCAAGGGCGCAGAAUCUGCAGCGGCACCGAGCCUCAAGGGUCUGACGUUGGAGCAGCGGAGAAUGCAACUCAAGGAAAAGUUGUAUGAGCUGAAGACGCAGAUCUCGACGCAGGUUUCACAUGGCCCGCCGCCAUCGUCAAUGCCUCAAGGCUCUGCGGAACACUUCUGGGGCCAGCCGAUGGAGGCCACUCGUGGCCAGCGCGGCCAGCGCGGUCGGCGUCCUGUCGAGCCAGAUCCGGACUCGUACUCCUACAGUGAGGACGAUGCAACGAAUGCGGAACGUCAGGCAGAAAGCAGGACUGUUGUUUUGAGGAACAAGUUGGAGGCGCAGCUGCGCGCGAAGCUGAUGCACUCCAUUCAGCCGAAGGUGCCGGAAGCUGCAUGA